AUGGCUGCCGCCGCCGCGUCUACAUACAAGGACCGGCAAUUCCUCGCCGUCAUUGGCGAUGAAGAUUCCGUGACUGGCCUCCUUCUCGCUGGUAUCGGGCGCAACUUUCUGGUCGUCGAUGCCAAGACAGAGAACUCCGAGAUUGAGCGGGCAUUCAAGAGCUUCACCGAGGAACGAAAGGACAUCGCUGUAGUCCUGAUCAACCAACAUGUCAGCCCAACACCUCACCUCCUGCCUCAACCCAACUCGUGGGAUACUGACCCUUGUCUCCAGAUUGCUGAGCGUAUUCGUCACAGCGUGGAUACCUUUACCGACCCAUUCCCGCCGUCCUCGAAAUACCCAGCAAAGAUCACCCCUACGACCCCGAGAAAGAUAGCGUGCUGA